ACAGAUUCACUUCCCUUCAGCAAGAUGAAAGUGUCUUUCCAUCUGUGUUCGUCUCUACUGGCCCCAGCUCUACUCUCUGUGGUUCUGCUGGUCCUCACCUCCAGCGGAGAUGCCUUCCCACAUCCCAUUCCCCUGCUUCCCAGCUUGGAGGAUCCUAACUGGGAUGCCACCCUGCAGCAGCUCCAGGCUGCCCUGGAUCCUCCAGGGAUGGACCCGUCGGCAGUCUUCCAGCCCUGGGGGCUGAUCCGUGAGCUGGUUCCCGAGGUGGUGCACCUGGGCCUGAGAGAGGAGAUGGAGAGGAGCUGGGGACAGCGUAACGAACGGAGGGACUUGGGCGAGGACUUUGGGAGACGACCACUGGGCACGCUUCCCGACGGGUCAAUGAACGCCCUGCAUUUCCAGAAUGGGGGCGAGGAGGUGGGGGAGAGGAAGAAUGAAGCGCUGCACUCCAUUGCUGGAGGGUUGCAAGCUUUUAACAGAGAGAAGGGAGGCUUUGGGUUCCGCUUUGGGAGAAAGUGACCUGAGGCGAGGGAAAAGAGGAAGGUGUGUAUCUGGGGGUGGAAGCCACUUUGAAGCAAAACAAGAAACUGAACACAGAGCAAUGUGAGAUCAG